AUGGAUGUCACCUCUCUUCUUGACUUGAGCUCAGUAUACCCAGUAAAAUCCCGUCCCUAUAGCCCAGUGACUUUUUAUCGUGGCAUAUAUCGAGAUGGCAAGGCAGUAGCCCUCAAAGUUACCAAACCAUACGCUUUGCCUGGAGUGGAAAAUGCAAGGUGGAAAAGGAGAAGGGAAGAGGUGGCCCGUAUCUGGUCCGAAUGUAUGCACCCAAACGUUGUGGAACUUAUCGGCAAGGCGACCUGUGAAUUGCAAAACGUUGUCGUGUAUGAUUGGCACGAAUAUGGACAUUUGUAUGAAUACCUUGAAUCUCAACCCAAUGCGGAUCGCUUCCAGUUGAGCACGCAGAUAUGCAAGGGCGUGGCAUAUCUACAUGGCAAUGACAUUGUCAGUGUUCUUUCUGUUUUUGUCCGCAUUUGCAAUUUCAAGGUGAACAUUACUAUAGAUACACGUAACCUGUGUGGUUGGCAGAUAUUAGUAUCAAGCAAUGGUGUUCCUCGGAUACAGUUAUCUGUAGGGACAGUUUCGACCACUACUGAUCCUGUCGAGAGCUGGAGUAGAAUCUGGGGGGUAGUUUGGCAUGGUUGGCGCCAUGAGACUUCCACAUUUACAUUUGCCAGCGAUGUAUUUGCACUGGGCAUGACCAUACUGGCGGAUCUCAUACCAAGGAGUAAGGCUGGGGACAUUGUAUGGAGUAACAUCCGUAAAUGCCUGUCACAUAACGCCCAAGACCGACCAUCUGCUAUACAAGUUCGAGACGCUAUGGAUGAGAAGGUCAAGCUCCAGUACGACGACCAGGUAACUGAUGAAGAGCUCGACCGUGCACGACCUGUUGGUCAAGCUAUACGCACGAGAACAUCCCCUCUUCUAGGGUUUGCCGUUCUAAGAGAUGAUCUGGCAAUGGUGUCACCAUGGAUGAGAAACGGUUACGUCACGGUAUAUGUUGUCAGGAAUCCAAGCUGCAAUCGCCUUGGAUUGUGUGCUCAGCUCGCGCAAGCGAUUAGUUAUCUCCAUCAGAAUAGAGUCGUACAUGGGGACAUCAAAGGCCCCAAUGUACUUGUUUCCGAUGAAGGCACAAUUCAGAUUACAGACUUUGGCGUGUCUAUCACGGAUCACCAGGAGAUCGAGUUCAGUGGGACUUCGAUGGGUCAAGGUACACAACGAUGGCAGGCACCUGAGAUACUGCUUGGACUAACGGGUAGUACAAAGGAAGCAGAUGUAUAUGCGCUUGCGAUGACAAUGAUUGAAGUAUUCACCGGACAGCAACCAUAUGGAGACAUCAACUGGCUACAAUUGAUGCAUCGGUGA